ACAGAAUUAUGCAAAAGUAAAGAUAAAGCCGUGCCUACUGGUCAGGGGAUUUUGUUUCUUACCGUUUCUCUCAAUCGUUCGAAACAAAGAUCGACUGAAUUUCCAGUCUGGCCUCCCUCACUUCUUUUCAGAUCAAAGAAAUUGCUUCCGUAGGUCAUAUCAACGUAUUCUCCGGUCUCAGCCAUGCAUCUGCUCCAACUUUUCACGGUCCUGGUGGUGGGAACAUCUCUGGCGUGUGCGGUGAUUUCUCAAGCAAGCAGUUCUGAAACAAACACAUGCUCAGUGGUGGCAUGUGGCAUGCCAGGAUUGCCAGGCAGAGACGGAAGGGACGGUGCCAAAGGAGAGAAAGGAGACCAAGGGGUUGGAUUGAAGGGUCAACAGGGUUCUCCCGGAAAGGCUGGACCUCCGGGCCCAAUGGGAAUUCAAGGACCUUCAGGUGAAAAAGGACUAAAGGGAGAAACGGCCGCUAUUGAUCCUGUUCAGAAUCAAGUAACUGCUCUGGAAAACAAGUUGCUGGCUCUUCAGACUGAAUUUAACAAAUACAAAAAUGUGGUGUUACUGCAGGGUUUGACAGUUGGACAGAAAACUUUCUUUUCAACGCGCCACCACGACACUUUUAAUAACGGCAGAGCCCUUUGUGCGAAAGCCGAAGCAGCCAUGGCCGGCCCCAAGAAUGCUGCCGAAAAUGCUGCCCUGCACGAACUCACAAAGAGGGACUCCAAGUAUGCUUUUCUCGCUAUAACCGAUACCCAAACGGAGGGCAAAUUUGUGUAUGCAAAUGGGGCGCCGCUAAGCUACACAAACUGGAAUGAAGGAGAGCCCAACGACGGUAAUAGAGCUGAGGACUGUGCUACUAUCUUGGCUGAAAAUGGACGGUGGAAUGACUUGAACUGUGACCACAAAUCUCUCAUUAUUUGUGAACUUUGACCUGUUUGCAAAGAGCAUUCAUGUUUCAGGGUUCUGUGUGUUCUAGCACUGGGAAACAUUAUUAAUUGGUUUCAGGCUAUAUUUGAGGCUGGAUGAGAAAAUUGAAGUUCCCUGGCAUGACAAAGGAACGUUGACAUAGCAGUUUUCCCUAAUUUUUCUUGCACCUCCUGUAGCCGCCAUUUGCCGCCCCACCCACCAAUGCUGGAGGGCUUUAUCUGGAUUUUUUAAUUUAAAAAAAAAUCAGCAGUCGCUAGGUUGCUGUAGCACUGGAAUGCUCUAUUGGCAGAAUUGCCAACUUCUUCCAAAUUCCCAGCUUUUAUUAAAAAAAAAAAUAAGACUUUAACCUUUGUGUUUCAGACAUGUAAGGUGCGCACCAUUCCCUUUUAUCUUGGAAAAAAACUGCAGCAAAGCAUGGAAAAUCCACAAAGGUGCAUUUCAGACUACACUAAAAAAUGUGUUUUGCAAGUGGAAUUUUUCUUUGCUUACACAGCAGAUAUCCAGCUGCAAAACACAUUAUUUAGUGCAGUGUAAAUACACCCUAAGUGCAUGAUUAGAGGAACUCAGGUUAUGUGGACGCAGCAUUAUCUCUUAAGUUCCACUAUCAGCUCUAAUAAAAUAGGAAUAUCGCAACAAGCAGCUAAAUGCCGGAAAGAUACCACAAGGUGUCACUAGUGAAUAAAACAUACUUCAACUAAGUUUAUAAUAUAGUUUUUAUAUGCCAGACUAAGGUUUUCAUCUUUCUUAAACACCUUGAGAGUUUGGGAGGGGGGGAUAGAAAUGUAUCAAAUCUGCAUGGUCCUUGUAUCACCUUUUAACUCUGGAAAAUGAAUAAUCUCUUUCUAGCCUCCAAAUUUCAGACCAUUCAGAUGUCAUGCUAAGCAGCCGUUUACUGAAAAUCACAAUGCUGGUACAUGCCUUCAAUUCCCAGGGAGCAUUUUUAAGAAUAUAGAUUUUGGUUUUAUAUGUAUGUAUGCAACAUGAUGGUAAUAAAGGAAUGUUAUGCAUUGGUA